AUGAGUCAUUCCCACCAUAUGAUGACCAACUCUGUGGACCACACCAGUACAAUGCCACCUUCUCACCAUCACCCGACCACUGAGGCCUCCCACCACCACGGAGGGGGAGACGGCAACAUGAUGAUGAUGCACAUGACCUUCUACUUUGGCUAUAAGAAUGUGGAACUAUUGUUUUAUGGCUUGGUGAUCAAUACAGCUGGAGAAAUGGCUGGAGCUUUUGUGGGAGUGUUUUUAUUAGCAAUGUUCUAUGAAGGACUCAAGAUAGCCCGGGAGGGCCUGCUACGCAAGUCACAAGUCAGCAUUCGCUACAAUUCCAUGCCUGUUCCAGGACCAAAUGGUACCAUUCUUAUGGAAACACACAAAACCGUUGGGCAGCAGAUGCUGAGCUUUCCUCACCUCCUGCAAACAGUGCUGCAUAUCAUCCAGGUGGUCAUCAGCUACUUCCUCAUGCUCAUCUUCAUGACCUACAAUGGGUACCUCUGCAUUGCUGUAGCAGCAGGGGCCGGCACAGGGUACUUUCUUUUCAGCUGGAAGAAGGCGGUGGUAGUGGACAUCACAGAGCAUUGCCAUUAA